AUGUGCAAGCAUGGAGAAGCCGGCGGCGGAGGCACGCUGAACUAUCCACGCGAACUUCUGCCUACCAACGUUGUCCCGCGCCAUUAUGAUCUCACUCUCGAGCCCAACUUCGAAACGCUCAAGUUCGAUGGCCUGGUUAAGAUUGACUUUGACGUCGCCGAAGACUCCAAUACCGUAUCCCUGAACACCCACGAGAUCGAGAUCAAGCAUGCUUCGUUGUCUCUGUCGGCCGACGGCCAGGAAAAGAGCCUCAGCGACCCAAUCAUCACCUACGAUGAGUCAAAGCAAACCCACAGCUUCGAGUUCAAGGACAAGCUUACCAAGGGGGGGAAGGGUACCCUGGAGAUCAAGUUCGUGGGUGAGCUGAAUGACAAGAUGGCUGGUUUCUACCGAUCAUACUACAACAAGCCGGAUGGCACCAAGGGUAUCAUGGCCACCAGUCAAAUGGAGCCCACCGACGCCCGUAGAGCGUUCCCCUGCUUCGACGAGCCGGCCCUCAAGGCGGAAUUCACUGUCACUCUCAUUGCCGACAAGGCCCUGACCUGCCUUUCCAACAUGGACGUCGCUGAGGAGAAGGAGUUGUCUUCCGGAAAGAAGGCUGUUCGUUUCAACAAGUCUCCUGUGAUGUCGACAUACCUCGUGGCUUUCAUCGUCGGAGAGCUCAACUACAUCGAGACGAACGACUUCAGAGUGCCCAUCCGAGUCUACGCUCCGCCUUCCGAGGACAUCGAGAGAGGCCGGUACGCAUUGGACAUCGGUGUCAAGGCUUUGGAGUUCUACGAAAAGGCGUUUGGCCUUCCCUACCCCCUGCCCAAGCUUGACCAAGUCGCCAUCCCUGAUUUUGCUGCUGGUGCCAUGGAGAACUGGGGUCUCGUGACCUACCGCACCGUCGAGGUCUUGUUCGACGACAAGACGAGUGGUGCUGCAGCCAAGGAGAGAGUCUCAACGGUCAUUACCCACGAAAUCGCCCAUCAGUGGUUCGGAAACAUUGUCUCUCCGGACUGGUGGCACGCUCUCUGGCUGAACGAAGGUUUCGCCGAGUUUGCCUCUCGCUAUUCUAUGAACGCCUUCUUCCCUGAAUGGAAGCUCAGGGAGUCAUUCGUCCGCGAGGACCUCCAGGCCGCGUUGGGUCUCGACGGCCUCAGAAGUAGCCAUCCAAUCGAGGUCCCAGUGCACAAGGCCGAAGAGAUAAACGAAAUCUUUGAUAGCAUCAGUUAUGCCAAGGGCUCUUGCGUCGUCCACAUGAUCUCGGCGUAUCUCGGAGAGGAGGUUUUCAUGGAGGGCGUUCGCAAGUAUCUCAAGCGUCACGCUUGGGGCAAUGCCACUACGAACGAUUUGUGGCAAGCCUUGAGCGAGGCUAGUGGCAAGGACGUCGGCUCCAUCAUGAACAUCUGGACCCAAAACGUCGGGUACCCGGUUGUCUCCGUCACGGAGUCUGGCAACUCGAUCAGUGUGGAGCAGCAUCGCUUCCUGACAACGGGAGACGUCAAGCCUGAGGAGGACAAGGUCCUCUAUCCCAUCUCCCUCAACGUUCGUACGAAGGGUGGCGUCAACAAGGACCUGAUGCUCACGACGCGCGAUGCCAAAUUUGAGGUUGAUGACGCCGAAUUCUUCAAGAUCAACGCCGACUCGACCGGUUUUUACCGAACCAAGUACGCCAUUGACCGUCUUGAGAAGCUUGGCAACGCCGCUGAGCUGCUCUCGGUCCAGGACAGAGUUGGUAUCGUGGCAGACACGUCUGCUCUUGCGACGUCGGGCUACCAGAAGACCUCGUCCUCUUUGAGCCUGUUCAAGGCUCUUAGCAAUGCGGGCGAGGCCGAGUACCUUGUAUGGGAUCAGAUAUUGACCCGCCUGGGUUCCAUUAAGAUGGCCUGGAUUGAGGAUGAUGCCAUCGUUGAGAAGUUGACCGAGUUCCAGCGGAACAUUGUUAGUAGCAUCGCCCACAAGCUUGGGUGGGAGUUCUCCAGCAGCGAUGGCCACGUCGAGCAACAGUACAAGGCUCUCACGUUCAGCGCAGCUGGUAUGUCUGGCGACGAGAAGGUCGUGGCUGCGGCGAGGGAGAAGUUCGAUAAGUUCGUUGCAGGAGACAAGACGGCGAUCCACCCCAACAUCAGGAGCUCGGUCUUUUCCAUUGUCCUCAAGUUUGGAGGCGAGAAGGAGUACGAUGCCGUGCUCAAGUACUACAAGACCGCCGAGACCGCCGACGAGCGCAACAGCGCUCUGCGUACUCUCGGACAAGCCCGCGACCCUAAGCUUAGACAGCGCACUCUGGACCUUCUGUUGAACGGCGAGGUUCGCGACCAGGAUAUUUACAUCCCCAUCGGCAGUCUGCGGUCGACCAAGGGCGGCAUCGAGGCUCUGUUCGACUGGUUGCAGACCAGAUGGGACGACAUCUACACCAAGUUCCCUGCUCAGUCUUCCAUGAUUGGAAGCAUUGUAAGCUACUGCACAAGCGGUCUCACGAAGCAAGAGCAGCUGGACCAGCUUGAAAAGUUCUUCGCCGAGAAGGAGAAGAAGGGUUUUGUCAGAGCACUCUCGCAGUCUACCGACUCCAUCAAGGCCAAGAUUGCGUGGACUUCCCGUGACACGGAGGACCUGCGCAAGUGGCUGGGUCUUUGA